CUGUCCUCUGCUUUUGCUUCAGUUUCUCCAAGUGCCUCCGAGGAGGGGUCAAGUGACACAAGCAUUCGUUUUCUUUUGCCUCCUUCAUUCCCAACUCACCAAACAAUUGCCAUUUCAGCAAGAUCAGAGUUCUCCUAGCUGCUGCUGGCCUCAGCCCCCAUCUCUCCAGCUUCUCCUCACCCACCUUUCCUGCUUCUUGAUGCGUUCGAGCUGCAGACCGAGGCUUAGCCGAAUCACCAGUAUAUGUGUUUGGUGAACCAGUCAAGGUGCCUCUUUGCCCGUCUGGGUACUACACAGGACUAGACCAGACAGGCACCUCCUGGAGUGUGUGGCACUUGGGAUCCAGGGGAUGCCUACUGGACAUUCCCUCUAGGGUGUUGUCCAAGGUCCCUCAUGUUCCAGGACCUGCCCCAGGCACUCCCAAGCAGACCUGGGUCAGUCUUAGGGCCAGACCAGUGCCUGCGCUCCUCGGGUGGUCCAUUGUUGCCAUUUAGGACCUCAGGCCCACUGUUGACAGGUCUUCCAGUUAUCAAGAGAAUUUUCUGUGAAAUGUCCUAAUUUUAAACAUUAGCAGCUAAUGCAGUCCUACCAGUUGCGGAUAGAACCUUCCCAUAGGAGACCUCUUCCGUCAGUCUUUCCUGGGCCACACCUCCUGAUGUGGAAGAGACUGUACCAUUCCCAAGAAACCUGUUCCCUUCGGUGCCUUGAGCUCCUUCCCAAGGGCCUCCAGAAUCACAGGAGCCGGUGCUGGACCUGCCUCCUGGACUAGGCUGUUCAGUGGAGGUUAGACACCAACCCCUCUGGAGAGACUGACCAGUGGUCAACCUUGAAGCCCAUGUAGAAAAGCAAUGCUUGGGCGACCGGUAUCUUUGGUUGCAGCAGCAUACCAUUGUGUCAGAUUUCCGUGCUUGUUCUGUGCUCUGUUUCUCCACAGAUCAUCUCAGCAGGUGGGUGGGUCCCUCUGUGCUCUGCUUUCCUGUACAGAGAAGGCACUUUCUACCACACUCAUGUCUCCAUGUCCCCCAAGGCAGAGCUCCCCAGGUCCCCCCUGGUAACCACACCUUGAACUCUCUGCUCCAGCUAGGUAUGGUCUUCUCGUGGGCACCCUGGAUGUGGUGCUGGACUCCAGUGCCCGGGUGGCCCCUUACCGCAUCCUGCACCAGACCCAGGACUCGCAGGUCUACUGGACAGUGGCGUGUGGUUCUUCCCGCAAAGAGAUCACAAAACACUGGGAAUGGCUGGAAAAUAACUUACUCCAGACACUGUCCAUCUUUGACAAUGAGGAAGAUAUCACCACCUUCGUCAAGGGCAAGAUACACAGACCUAGACGCUCGAGCCAAGAACGAGUGCUACUGUGCCACGUUCCGGUUGCCCGGGGACGAGCGCCUGGACGGCCACACAGGCUGCACCCUGUGGACCCCAUUCAACAAGCUGCACAUCCCUGGCCAGAUGUUUAUCUCCAGCAACUACAUCUGCUUUGCCAGCAAGGAAGAAGAUGCUUGCCACCUCAUCAUACCCCUGCGGGAGGUGACCAUUGUCGAAAAAGCUGAUAGCUCCAGUGUCCUGCCCAGCCCUCUGUCCAUUAGCACCAAGAGCAAAAUGACCUUCCUGUUUGCCAACCUGAAAGAUCGCGAUUUCUUGGUUCAGAGGAUCUCUGACUUCCUCCAGAAAAUGCCAUCCAAGACUCCAGGCAACAGCAGAGCGGGGAGGAAAGCCAGCAUUGUGGACUCAGCCCCAGAGUCUUCCCCAGCUCCUCAGGAGGUGUCAGAACAGCCUGCCAGCCCGACCUCACCCCUCGGUGGCCUCCAGAGGUCCCAUGCACAGGAGGCUCCAACCGCUUCCCAGGGCCUGCUCAAACUCUUCCAGAGAAACACGCCCAUGGAGGACCUGGGAGCCAAGGGGGCCAAGGAGAAGAUGAAAGAGGAGUCGUGGCACAUCCACUUUUUUGAGUACGGGCGUGGCAUGUGCAUGUACCGCACCGCCAGGACGCGGGAGCUGGUGCUGAAGGGCAUCCCCGAGAGCCUCCGGGGGGAGCUGUGGCUCCUCUUCUCUGGGGCCUGGAAUGAGAUGGUGACUCACCCUGGCUACUAUGCUGAGCUGGUGGAGAAGUCCACAGGGAAGUACAGCCUGGCCACGGAGGAGAUCGAACGAGACCUCCACCGCUCCAUGCCCGAGCACCCUGCCUUCCAGAAUGAGCUCGGGAUCGCUGCACUCCGCCGGGUGCUGACUGCCUACGCUUUCCGGAACCCCACCAUUGGCUACUGCCAGGCCAUGAACAUCGUCACCUCAGUGCUCCUGCUCUAUGGCAGCGAGGAGGAGGCAUUCUGGCUGCUGGUGGCCCUCUGUGAACGCAUGCUGCCUGACUACUACAACACAAGGGUGGUGGGGGCCCUGGUGGACCAAGGCAUCUUCGAAGAGCUCACGAGAGACUUCCUGCCCCAGCUGUCCGAGAAGAUGCAGGACCUGGGGGUGAUUCCCAGCAUCUCGCUCUCCUGGUUCCUGACCCUCUUCCUCAGCGUCAUGCCCUUUGAGAGUGCUGCGGUCAUUGUUGACUGCUUCUUCUAUGAGGGCAUCAAGGUGAUCCUGCAGGUGGCCUUGGCCAUCCUGGAUGCCAACAUGGAGCAGCUACUGGGCUGCAACGACGAGGGCGAGGCCAUGACCGUCCUGGGCAGAUACCUGGAUAAUGUGGUCAAUAAGCAGAGUGUCUCUCCUCCUAUCCCACACCUCCAUGCCCUGCUGACCAGUGGAGAUGACCCUCCUGAAGAGGUGGACAUCUUCGACCUCCUGAAGAUGUCAUAUGAGAAAUUCAGCAGCCUGAGGGCCGAGGACAUUGAACAGAUGCGGUUUAAACAGAGGCUGAAAGUGAUCCAGUCCUUGGAGGAUACGGCCAAGAGGAGUGUGGUCCGAGCUAUACCUGGGGACGUUGGUUUCUCAAUUGAAGAGCUGGAGGACCUUUACAUGGUGUUUAAGGCCAAGCAGCUGGCGAGUCAGUACUGGGGGAGCAGCCGCCCUGCAGCUGUGCGUCGGGACCCCAGCCUGCCCUACCUGGAGCAGUACCGCAUCGACACGAACCAGUUCCAGGAACUCUUUGCCAGCCUGACACCCUGGGCCUGUGGCUCCCACACACCCGUGCUGGCGGGGCGCAUGUUUCGGCUCCUGGAUGAAAAUAAGGACUCACUGAUCAAUUUCAAGGAGUUCGUGACAGGGAUGAGUAGGAUGUACCAUGGGGACCUGACAGAGAAGCUCAAGGUGCUCUACAAGCUGCACUUGCCUCCAGCCCUGAGCCCAGAGGAGGCUGAGUCAGCCCUGGAAGCGACCCAUUAUUUCACGGAGAACAGCUCCUCAGAAGCAUCUCCUCUGACCUCCGACCUGGAUCUUUUCCUGCCCUGGGAGGCUCAAGAAGCACUACAACAGGAAGAGCAAGAGGGAGCUGGAAAUGACAUUCAAGAAAAAAGAAGAGAGGAGAAGGGAACCAGCCCUCCCGAAUAUCGGCACUACCUUCGAAUGUGGGCCAAGGAGAAAGAGGUUCAGAAGGAGACGAUUAAGGAUCUUCCCAAGAUGAACCAGGAGCAGUUCAUAGAGCUGUGCAAGACGCUUUACAACAUGUUCAGCGAAGACCCCAUGGAGCAGGACUUGUACCACGCUAUCGCCACGGUGGCCAGCCUGCUGCUCCGCAUUGGGGAGGUGGGGAGGAGGUUCUCUGCAUGGUCUGGCAAAGAGUCCAGGGACAGUGCCCCUGAGGAGGGCGAACCGCCAGCCCCAGACCCCCCUCAAGACACGGCCCAGGAGCUUCAGCCGCCAGCUGCAGGGGACCCCCAGGCCAAAGCGGGUGGAGACACCCACCUUGGGAAAGCACUGCAGGAGAGCCAGGUGGUGGGUGAAGGGGGCGGCGGCGAGGGCCGGGGCUCCCCCUCCCAGCCUCUGUCUGAUGACGAAACCAAAGACGACAUGUCCAUGUCCUCGUACUCAGUGGUCAGCACGGGCUCCCUUCAGUGUGAGGACCUGGCUGAUGACACAGUGCUGGUGGGUGGGGAGGCCCACAGCCCCGUGGCCACCACUCACAGUGGGGGUGCCGUUGACACAGACUGGUGCAUCUCCUUCGAGCAGAUCCUGGCCUCCAUCCUGACGGAGUCCGUGCUGGUGAACUUCUUUGAGAAGAGGGUAGACAUUGGACUCAAGAUCAAGGACCAGAGGAAGGUGGAAAGACAGUUUAGCACCUCCAGUGACCAUGAGCAAUCUGCAGUUUUGGGCUGAGGGCUCCAAGGCCUGGGGGCUGGCCUCUCUCUCCUCCCUCCCUCCCAUUCUGUUUUCUCUUGAAGGACACACCCCUCCAGUUCUCCCCAGAAGCAGUGAGUUGUAAAUGGAAAGAAGGCUGGACAGUCACAGUUGGGGCCUAGACAGGGCCUCCCCACCCCCUCGUUCUGCCUUGGACCUCCUGGCCCCUGCAUAGUGUCAGGGGCUGUCUGAUCUGCCCUUGCUUGCCAGGCCACACCCUGUCCUCCACCUCCUCUUCUGCAGCUGCGUGCUCUAGGGGCUUUCCUGCCACUUGGCACCAGGUAGGGGGGUCGAGUGUCUACUGGGCACCAAAGUGGUGAGUACUUCAAGAUGCUCUCCAGAAGCCCCUGAGCCUGAGCUUCUGGCUGGGUGACACGGGCAGAAAGCAUCUGCUGCACCAGGGUGGGUGCCGCCUGCACAGGCGUUACUCUCAAUUCUCUUUCAGCUCGUCAUCCUCACCAUUAACCUUAAAAGCAUAUCCCUCAGGUCCUGAUAUAUUUCCUUGUAUUCAUUUCAGUUGGCUAAAAAUCACACUAUGCUCAAUGCCUUAAUAAAUCCCUGAAAGAA